UUGCCAAUUUUGCUGAGUAAUUUUAAGGUCGCUAGCUUGACACAGUGCCAAGUCGGGUCUUUGUUCGGUUUAUUUAUUACAAACGUAGGUUCAGAGCUCCCGUGAUUCCCGGCUAUACGAAAACUGCGUGUUUUUAUUGUUAUGGAGCGCCCAGCUGUAGUGGAUAAAAUACUAGUGGAUUCUGAAAUUCUGUUUUUUUUUUUAAAUAGUUGAACAGAUAAGGCUAAAGACAUUAGAUAAACAGUCGUGUUAUAGUGUAUCUUAGGUAUUUUAUUGGUAGGCAUGUUUAGUUUUUAUAAAAAUAUAAAAUACAGUCAAACCUCCCGUAGCAGCCCGAGUUCGUAAGAGAAGGAGUGGCAGGCUAGAGAAGCAUCAAUUCCGAUGAUGUCUCUGAAGCCGCGGAACAUUGACUUCCAGGAGACGUGGGCCAACCUGCGGGAAACGGUGGCCGGAGUGGUGGGUCUCCGCGCGGUGGAGCGCGGCGUGUGGAACCUCCGCUUCAGCGACGUUUACGCGCUCUGCGUGGCCCACCCUGAGCCUCUAGCCGAUCGGCUUUAUGACGAAACUAGACGAUUUCUAGAAGAGCAUGUGGAGGGCCUGCUGGAAAGGGUCCGCGGCACCUCUCCCCUCGAGAACAACGAUCCCUACGACGGGCUGCUGGACCGUUACGUGGACGCGUGGCGCGAAUAUUCUGAAGGCGUGGCUUACUUGAACAGCCUCUACUCUUACCUGAACUUACAACACGUCAGGAGGCAGAAGGUGUCAGAUGCUGAGAUAAUCUACGGAUCAGCCGCAACUGUCAGCUGUCCUGACAGUGACUCGCGUCAAUUAGAGGUCGGCGAGCUGGGCCUCGUGAUCUGGGAGCGGGUGCUGGUCCGGCCGCUGUCCUCCGCGCUGUCUUCUCGGAUCGUGGCGGCGCUGAGCGCGGCGCGCGGCUCCGCACCUGACCCGAAACAUGCCGAUGUGCUCCGCCGCGCCAUCCAUAGUGCUGUCGAUGUACAAUCCUUCAGAGUACGAGCUCCCCUCGCCCUAUACCAACAACUGGUCCUAGAGCCGUACCUGACCCAAGCCCAGGCGGCGCACGCGCGCCUCGCGGCGGACUUGUUGCGCGCGGGCGAUAUCUCGCACUACAUGCGCGACGUGUUGCAAGGUCUCCAACGUGAAGUAGCCCUAGGGGCCCGUUUUCUCCACUCAUCCUCUACUGAAGCAGUGAGGGGAUGCUACGAGCGCGCCGCCGUGGCCGCGCACCUCCCCGCCCUGCACGCCGAGUGCGCCACCCUCCUCAAACACGCCACGGACGACACCAGGCCCGACAACGCUCAGCACCGCACAGACCUGCGUCGUAUGUACACACUCCUCCGUCCACUCGGAGCGAACGCACUGCGCCCAUUGGUCGACGCGGCCCACGCCCAGUGUGCCAAAGAUGGGACGGAAUUACUCCAACAUAAGCAUACUAAAGAUGAGGCACACACCCACUUCGUAUCGUCCAUGGUGUCCCUCCACACCAAGUACUCGGCGCUGUUCGCCGAGGUGUUCGACAACAACCAGGCGUUCCUGGGCGCGCUGGACCGCGCCUGCUCCGGCGUCGUGAACUCGCGGCCCGACGACCACAGCCCGCCGCGCGCGCCCGAGCUGCUGGCCAGAUACUGCGACGCCCUGCUUAGAAGACGCGGAAGCGAAGCGGAACCGGAAGCCCGCCUUGCCGCCGCCAUCUUGGUUUUCAAGUACAUCGAUGACAAGGAUGUCUUCCAGAAGUACUACGCCAGGGCGUUGGCCAGGCGGCUCAUACAUCAGCUGUCUGCUAGUAUGGAACAGGAAGAAGCAAUGAUCAACCGCCUUAAAGCCGCAUGUGGUUACGAAUUCACCAACAAAUUGCAUCGCAUGUUCACCGAUGUUGCCGUCUCAGCCGACCUGAACAACAAGUUCCAGCAACAUCUGAGAGAGCAAGAACAACCCCAGGCAGGGAUGCCAGGGUUCAGUGUGCAGGUGCUGCAAGCCGGGGCGUGGCCCCUGGGCGGGGCCAUGGCGCCGCUGGCGCCGCCGGCCGCGCUGGAGCGGCCCGCGCGCCAGUUCGAGGCCUUCUACCGCGCCUCCUUCAGCGGCCGCCGCCUCGCCUGGCUGCACCACCUGUGCACCGGCGAGCUCAGGACCAGAUACACUCCUCGCCCCUACCAUCUCAGCGCCAGUACUCCGCAGUGCGCUCUCUUACUAUGUUUCGAGACGGUGGAUUCUCUGGCUGCCAAGGAACUUAGAGCCAGACUCCAGCUGACAGGAGACGCUUGGACCAGACAGCUGAGACCGCUUCUAGAUGCCGGCUUGCUUCUAGCACAGGGUGAUGUGGAAAACGAGGCGGAGGGCGAGUCGGAGUCAUCGGCCGCGGAGGAGGGCGGGGAGGGGCGCGGGGAGGGCGUGCUCACACUCAACCUCAACCUCAGCUCCAAGCGGACCAAGAUACGGCUCACCACCGCCGCCACGCACCAAGCAGCAGGCACGAGCGCCGCGGGGAGCAGCGCCACGAGCAACCCGGACUCGGCGGAGGCGACGCACUGCGACGACGACCGCAAGAUGUACCUGCAGGCCGCCCUCGUGCGGGUCAUGAAGCAGAGAAAGGUACUCCGCCACAACGAGCUCAUCCAAGAAGUCGUGUCACAGGCGCGUGGCUCCUUCGCGCCGUCCGUCGCAAUGAUCAAGAAGUGUAUCGAGGCCCUCAUAGAUAAGCAGUACUUAGAGCGCGCGCCGGGCCGUCUUGAUACUUACAGUUAUCUAGCUUAGACCUAACCCAGGUCUUUAGAAUACCUAGAUCGUGUCUCGUUCGUACUAAUCUACGAAAAUACGUAUUAAUUUCGGGGGAAUGACAAAUUGACUUUGGCUUUGUAAGCUAACGUAAUUCCCAUUAAUUUGUCUUUAUGUUACAGCUGCAGAGAUAUAUGACCCCCCCUGCAAUUCUCUCUUUAUUCAAACUUAAGCUGAAAAUAUGUACCAAUGUUGGCUCGAAAUAUCAUGGUAAAGUUUCAGAGCCAAAAAAUUGAAAAAAAUAAGAUUAUAAAAACUUUUUUUUUCAAGAUGUCCAUACAUUGUAUGAAAAUUACAACUUAAAUCCCGAGGCAGUAAAAUUAAAGCUAAAAAUCACUAAUAAAAUUUUAAAAAAAGUAAAAAUAAUCCACUCUAGUGGACAUGCUCUUGUCAGUAAAAAUGGUUUCUUUUUAGAAAUGUGAUAUCAAAGAGAAUUAAUUGUAAUAGAGAGGUAAAGUUUAACCCCCUUAUUCAUAAACAUCUAAAAAAGUUAACGAGCUGCUAAUAAUCAUUUGUCCCUUUCCGACUUAUUGAUAUGACAGAAAGAGACAAACGAUUAUCAUCGGCUUGUUAAAUUUAGUGGGCGUUUAUGAAUAACGCCAUAAGAAAAAAAAGUGCUGCUUAGUUUGACAUCCUAAACAGAUGGCGCUGUACUGCCACAUGUCACGCGUUCACUGAAUUGUCAAACGUCAACUUUUGACAGAGUUACCGUAAAAUGUAUGGAGUUGUACAGCGUCUCGUUUACCUGUCAAAUUCGAAGUACGAAAUUAUCUUACUGUGUAUCUUAUUGAUUUCCACUAAGUACACGGUUUCGUACAGCAAAGACGAGACGUCUGUUAACUCGAUUUCCAUUCAGUAACCACGAAAUUCCUAUGAAAAUAUGACGUCCACAACUUGGCGUCCCUUUGCGUGCACGACCACAGAUAAGAUAAUGGCUUGAAAUUUGACAACCCUAAAUAGCCGAUAGGGAUGCCAUACAUUAGAAAGGGACAGCACGAUUUGUCCCUGAAUCGCUGUUAAACUUCGGUUAUGUAGGAAGUUUAUUUUCUGUUCGGUAGUAGUAUUGCUUAUUCUGUGCCGGUAGGCAGAUCGGUGAAGGUAACCAUUUACACAAUUAUGAAAUGUAAUAAUAUACACCGUGUUUUAUUUAAUUCCGUUAACUUCAGGGUAUGGAUAAGUACGUUAAAGGAAACUAAAUAGGAACCGUGCGCGUUGGAGAGUCUGCCAUCUUGUGUCCUGAAUCGGAACCAGUGAUCGGAACUAUGGGAGUAAAACUUGAACAAAACUUGUUAAGCGGACAUAAAAUAGUGCACACAGCCCUAAAAAUAUUCAUGACCAUAGGGAUAGGAAUAGUAUAGUACUUACAGCCAUAAAAAUAUUUACAUUCAUAGAUAUUCGAAUAUUUUUAAGGCUAUAAGCACUCUUUUUACGUCCGCUUGAUAAGUUUUGUUAAAGGCAUAAACAUGUACAUUUACACGUCAAGUGUUUUCUUGUGCAUAGUAGGUUCUGCCAUCUUGUGGGCUACAUCGGAACAAUAAACAUCACAUUUACGCCUCGCGCCAAAAAUCUGACGGCUCCAGUGCUGCCAUCUAUAGUUCAUGCACGCUCCCUAUAAUUUAAUUUCAAUUUUUUUUUGGUAAAAGUAUCUUAAUGUUGCAUAUAGCGUUGUUGUAACACGGGCAUUACAUUUAACUCAAACAAACAAUUGAAAACUGUGACAUAUCAAUGUCAUUUCGAACAUUGAUCGUCCGAGAUAGUACGUACGUUUAGUAGCAAAUGUAUACACUCGUACUAUACACUAAUCAAAUUGUAAUAGACACGCUCGUAAGGGCCUUAUAAGAUAAUAAUAAAUAGUUGAUUAUCUCCGAAAUGGAGUUAAUUAGAAUAUUUGAGAAAGUUACUUAAUUUAAGCUCAGGAAUGCACCCUUGAAAUAAACCAAAAUCAAAAAAACACGGUGUAGAAAUAAAAUAAAAACCAAUUAGGUGAAUGAUUUUGUUUGACGCGCGAGACAUGUUAUUUUUAAAUAUUACUUUAAAUAUAAUAAAAAAAGUUUCAUAAUAUAUUAGAGUAUUGUGGAUGGAUUGUACUGUGUAAAGUUGAUUAUGUUAUGGGCCAAUAAAUAUAUUACAAAAUAUAA